UCGGUUAAGAAAAUGAUAAGUCUAUCGGUUAAAAAGUAGAUAUGUAAUGGUUAGCGUACGGUUCAUUUACGUUGAUCUUUCCGCCAUGAAUCUUCUUUCUGGUCACACUCCGGCUGUGUGCUCGACCAACGACACUGUCUCUGACACGUCAGUCCUAUCAGUGGCGAUUUGACACUUGACCCUUAACUCCGGCCUAAGAAUGUAAGCGUCGGUGGGUAAAUCGCUAGCGUUCCGCGGAAUUCGCAGUCUUUCGCCGAUCAUCGUUCGCUUAAUUGCAUUUGUGUAGCACUGAAUUCCGGCUGUUUGGUCGUCGCUGAUCACGUGCAUUUCGAGAAAUCAUAUUUGUUGUACCGCGUCCGUUAUUUCAAUGUAGAAAAUAAACGAUAAACUCGCUUUUUUACGUCUCGCCGCGAUACGAGACUUUUUUUUCGACAUUUUGUUGAGCGAUAUGUGCCAGCAUUACGCGAUAAAUCUAGCUAAGGAAACGGAUUAAGAACACAUACACACAGAGAUCGCUCGCGGUUGUCUCCAGUGUUUAGUGACCAACAAGAAGAUUGUUUACAAAAAUAUUUAUGGGAAAAAUUCAUAUUUUCACAAUAAAACUAUACUUCUAAAUUUCUGUUUCGAUAUCGAAAUCUAUCGAGCAUUGACAUACAACGUGUGUCAAUUCAUUUUAUAUUUGCGAUUCAACCGAGAGUUGUAAAAUAAUAAAAAAUUGUGAAACAAAAUUGUGAAAAAUACUUACAUUUUAAAAUUUGAACCUGAUUAAAAACAUCAAGAAUCGAUAAGUACUAAAAAGAAGCACACUUCACGCAUCAAGAUUCAGAGAUUGCAUCAGAGCGGUCCACGAUAGUCACAAAAAGGUUGGACUAAUUCGAGCGUCAACAUCUACGACAUACUCGGACCUGCGCCGGACAAGCUUCGAAUCACCAACUUAAAAAGAUACUGCUUUUAAGAAGACAUGGAGAACACCAUUCAAUUGAGCGAAACCGAGGACGGGGAAGCCCUCGAGUUUAACUCCACUUCUUACGCGGAGCUGCCGAUUGACAUGCGCUUCAAUGACGGUCACCUAGUGACGAUAGUCACUUACAGCAUCCUAAUGAUGAUAUCAGCCGCUGGAAAUAUUACCGUGUUAAUAACAACCAUGAAAAAGAAUCAAAAGGCCAAGUCGCGAAUACAAACCCUCAUAAUGCAUUUGUCGAUCGCUGACCUCCUCGUGACAUUCUUAAUGAUGCCGCUUGAGAUCGGAUGGGCAGCUACAGUAUCGUGGGAAGCGGGAGAUGCGAUGUGCCGCAUAAUGGCUUUUUUCAGAAUAUUUGGCCUCUAUCUUUCGUCCUUUGUAAUAAUCUGCAUAAGUAUAGACAGAUAUUACGCUGUAAUGCGACCUCUUCAGGUACUGGAUGCUUACAGGAGAGGGAAAAUAAUGCUGGUGCUUGCGUGGAUCGGCUCCGUACUUUGUUCCUUGCCACAGAUGCUGGUAUUUCGCGUCGAAACGCACCCAAAUUUUACUUGGUUUACACAGUGUAUAGCUAUCAAUACUUUUCCAUCGUACGUACACCAGGUUUCGUACAAUCUGUUUGGCAUGGUGAUGAUGUAUUGGGUCCCUCUGAUUGUAAUAUUCUACACAUACACCAGUAUUUUCGUGGAGAUCUGCCGUAGAUCCCAAGAGAGGAGCGAAGACAAAUUACGUCGUUCCUCGAGCGGCUUUUUGAGCCGAGCGCGAGUACGCACUUUAAAAAUGACGAUAACCAUUAUCGCCGUCUUCAUUAUCUGCUGGAGUCCUUACUACGUGAUGAGCGUUUGGUAUUGGAUCGAUCCAUCAUCAGCCCGUCACGUCGAUCGACGUAUUCAGAGAGCACUCUUCUUCUUUGCGUGCACCAACUCCAGCAUGAAUCCGAUCAUCUACGGCAUUUUCAAUAUACGACAGAAAAACAAAUUAACAGCUGUUUGUCGCCCGUAUUUCCAGGCUAAGCUUCAGUCCCAUCCUCUUCUCAGGCCCAUCAACACAACCGUGGAACUUCCGGUCGUCGCAGGCGUACAACCACCAUCGAGACCCGGGAGAUCACGCCGCUGUCCCUGUCAACCAAACUUCUGGAUUAACGACGAACGCGACGUUCGCCAGGUCGAACAGAGGCGUUUAGACGAGCGAGUCGACGAUAUCGAUGUAAUCCCACCUCGCAUCCAUAUCCUUUUGCAAAAGUGGAUUUCAGCGGUAGCGCUAUUGCGAACCGUGUCCGACGACACGGCCUUCGCGGAUGCCGUCCAGACGCGAUGCAAGUCGUGCGUACAGGGCCGUUAAAAAGUUCCUCGCCUCAUAUAUGAUGAGAUUAGAAUACAACAAUGAAAGUUGCUGUGAUCGAUCGAGCCACGCCUUGGUGAAGAGAAUCCUGAUGAGUCCUGAACUACGUGAGCAGGGAGAGUUUUUCACAAUAAACUGCACUCAUUCGUUCCUAGAUGUAUUUAUUUCGACAUUAAUCGAGAUUGGAACGUUAUUAUCGGAACGUAUUUGUAUAUCAACAGCGUUGCACUGCGACUAUGCAGGCUUUGUCGGGUAUGUGUUCUCCUUUUUAUAAUUUCGCGGCGCAAGAUAGUACAAAUAAGUUACGUAAG